AUGUUGUGUUCUCCAAAGCAUGACGCUAACCUCUGCUGCAGCUGCUGCCUGUGCUGCUGCUACCACUGCUGCUGCUACCACUGCUGCUGCUACCUGUGCCGCUGCUACCUGUGUUUCUGCUACCACUGCUGCUGCUACCACUGCUGCUGCUACCUGUGCCGCUGCUACCUGUGUUUCUGCUACCACUGCUGCUGCUACCACUGCUGCUGCUACCUGUGCCGCUGCUACCUGUGUUUCUGCUACCACUGCUGCUGCUACCUGUGUUUCUGCUACCUGUGUUUCUGCUACCUGUGUUUCUACUACCUCUGCUGCUGCUACCUGUGCUGCUGCUACAAGCGCUGCUACCUCUGUUUCUGCUACCUCUGUUUCUGCUACCUUUGUUUCUGCUACCUCUGUUUCUGCUACCUGUGUUUCUGCUACCUGUGUUUCUGCUACCUGUGUUUCUACUACCUCUGCUGCUGCUACCUGUGCUGCUGCUACAAGCGCUGCUACCUCUGUUUCUGCUACCUCUGUUUCUGCUACCUGUGUUUCUGCUACCUGUGUUUCUGCUACCUGUGCUGCUACUACCUGUGCUGCUGUUACCUGUGCUGCUACUACCUGUGCUGCUGUUACCUGUGCUGCUACUACCUGUGCUGA